UUUAGAGCGUUGAUAACUGUGGCUUCUCAUCUUCUAGUCCUUCUUCUACUGAAUUUCUAAAAGAUGCUAGUGACCUCGUCUCAAUCAGAUAUUUCAUUUAUUCGAGCUAUCGAGAAAGCUAAAGUAUUUCAACAGCUAACUGAUCCUAAAACAACUGAUUAUGGUGAUGACGUAGUGGUCGACCUGAAUGGAGAAGAAGACUUCAGCAGAGUUAUCAAACGAGCAAAAAAUAUGUUUACAAUGGCUUUUGAACUUGAUGAUCAUGUUUCACCAGCAAGUUCUUCUUUCACUCCUUCACAAGAAACUUCAGAUGUCUACAUCACUGCAGCUGCAUUCAAAUUUUGGUUCAUAGUUCUAUUGAUUUGUUUCCUAUUCAUAUCAGUUGGAAUUUUUCAUUUUUUCUGUAUUGGGCAGAAAAAUGUGACAAGAAGAAGUUCAUUAAAUAAAAAUACUAGCGAUGGAGCCGAGGCAACGACUAUGGAAAUGAUUUCUGAAGAAAUUGAAAUUCACGUUGAUGAAGAAAUGAAUACCGUACCCAGUCGAUUAGUGCUUCAAGAUUUUUAAUGGUAUUGAAAAUGUUGUUUUUUUUUCACUAUGUGGAUUCAUUAUAAAAUCGAAUUUAUCUCAUGAA